UCUUCUUCCAUCCGUGUGGCGCCUUUCCGGUUCCGGCUCGAGUGUCCGCCCACAAAUCGGUCCGUGUUCUGGGAUUGACGGGAGGUGGACGGAGAGGCGGAUGGAGUGGCGGAUGCCUAAUGAGAUGGAGACGAUGCCAAUUAUUUCCAAAUCAAACUCCAGAAAGAGACGGAAGGAUGGAAUAGGACCCAAUGGCACCACUGAUGACGACGACGCCAGCCCAAUGAAAAUUGCACGACCAACCCUCUCGCAGCCGGCACCCUUUGCAGACGAGAAUGGAGUGAAGAGCAGCAAGCCAUAUGAACGUGUGACAUUGGAAGAAGCAAAGAUUGGGACUCCCCUGGAUCGCCCAGUUCGAGUGUAUGCUGAUGGAAUCUUCGAUCUUUUUCAUUCGGGACAUGCACGGGCCCUGAUGCAGGCCAAGAGUCUUUUCCCAAACACACAUCUAAUCGUAGGAGUGUGCAAUGAUGACCUGACCCACCAGUUCAAAGGCUUCACGGUAAUGAACGAGGCUGAGCGGUAUGAUGCAGUCAGGCAUUGCCGCUACGUUGAUGAGGUUGUAAGAAAUGCACCCUGGUCACUUUCGGCUGAGUUCCUGGAGAUGCACAGGAUAGACUUUGUGGCUCAUGAUGACAUCCCAUAUUCCUCCGCAGGAAGCGAUGAUGUUUACAAACACAUUAAAGACGCAGGUAUGUUUGCCCCAACUCAAAGAACAGAAGGAAUCUCCACAUCAGAUAUCAUUACCAGAAUUGUGCGGGAUUAUGACGUAUACGUGCGCAGAAAUCUCCAGCGUGGUUACACUGCCAAGGAGCUUAAUGUCAGCUUUAUAAAUGAAAAGAAAUACAACUUGCAAGAAAGAGUUGACAAAGUGAAGCAGAAAGUUAAAGAUGUGGAGGAGAAGUCGAAGGAGUUUGUUCAGAAGGUUGAGGAGAAAAGCAUUGAUCUGAUUCAGAAAUGGGAGGAAAAGUCAAGAGAAUUCAUCGGAAACUUCCUGGAGAUGUUUGGGCCGGAGGGAGCCUUGAAACAUAUGCUGAAAGAGGGCAAAGGCCGAAUGCUGCAGGCAAUAACCCCGAAGCAGAGUCCGAGCAACAGUCCGGCCCGGGAACGUUCCCCAUCGCCCACUUUCCGAUGGCCGUUCUCCAAGACCUCUCCGCCCUGCUCGCCGAAACCGGAGUCGGACGCGGCUGGCUAUGACAUCAGCGAUGACGAUUCAGAGUAAAGGUCUCUCUCUGUCUCUCCCGGAGUCUUUGUUUCAGCCUCAACACCUGUAUCCUCCAGAGUCUGUCUAUCGAUUUGUCAGUGAUCCAUGAGGACUGCAGGCUCUAGGCAAGUGUCACUCUCCAACGCACGUACACAGAAAAGGAGUUCACACAACUAGGAUCAGGUUGGACUUUGGAAUUAAAACAUUAAAAACAAAAUAAUUUUCCACAGGAAAGUAGCUUGAACGAUGUAAGCAUUUUUUUUCUUUUUAGCAAAUUAAACUAACUUAAAAGAAUCACUGUAAAGAUCACGGGGGAAAAAUGGUUUUCUUUUAUAUGUAAGGCCUUGUGUUGUAUCUGAGUAUCUGCACAUCAAAAUGUAAUUUGUGUUUCUAAUGUAUGAGGCUAGAAAUGUAUGCUCGCCUCGGUUUGGUGGCCGAAAGACUUUUGUGGGAUGGGGAUGUUGUGGGUGGGGGGCGUGGGGGGGAUUGUGUUUGUAUCUGUUCAUGGGCUUUCCCCUGCAACUUUCAUCCAGCCGAACAGUUCACCCCUUGUGGAAAGAGCUGCAACUUGCCAGUCACUUGCAUUUCCAACUUCACCAGUCUCCAGAUUUGAAAUCUCACCAGCCUCCAGAUUUGAAAUCUCACCACCCACUCUGCCUUAUGUCCCAUCUCACUGAACUGGUUCAGUCAGCUUUUGCAACCUUUGUGGGUGGCACGGUGGCACAGUGGUUAGCACUGCUGCCUCACAGCACCUGAGACCCGGGUUCAAUUCCCGCCUCAGGCGACUGACUGUG